AUGAGGGCUGCGGUGGCGAUGGGCAUGGCCGCCGAAGUUGCAGGCGCCGCGGCAGCCUUCGCGGUCUCCGAGGCCGCCGCAGCUGCGGGCGCGGCGUACGACAAAGUGACGUCGACUGUUUUUCAGCAGCACGCUUCGGCCCGACCCUCGGAGAAGCCGCCAACUGCGGAGCCAGGCCUGCAGCAGUUCGGCUCCUCUCUACUCAAUUAUUUCUGGCGCGCCGAGAAGUCUUCUGCCGCUCGCGCCUCCUUCUCGCCGGCGGGGGUGUCUCCUGCAGGCCCGGCCGCUUCGUCUGUGGGCACUGGACUUCCUUCGGCUUCUUCCUCUUCGUCGGACGCGUCGUGGCUCGCCUCCGCGUCUCCGGCCUCCGCCCUACACGACGCUGCCUCGAGAACCGCCAGCGGAGGAAGCCAAGGCGGCGGAGAACAGAGAGAAGGCUCUUCUGUUGUCGCAAGAUUCAGCGGAACUCCAAACCAAGAAGCGAAGACCUCGACAGAGUACACGGGCUUCGAGGAGACCGGGUAUCCAUCCACCUCCUCAGAGCGCGAGAUGGAAGCGGCGUCGCACAAGCGAGCAGGCGAGGCAUCUGCCUGCGUGCGGCAGAAGAACUACGAGGAGGGCAUGAGAGCGCGUGCAAGUGAAAGUGGCGAUCAGAAGCGUCGUUACGAAGAGCGAGACUCCGAAAGACUCUCGUCUCCAGUUUGUCAAGCGGAUUGCUCCCUCGGCAGCAGCAGAUGCGAGGCGCAGGCUUCACUCCAGCGACAAACGCAGGGCGACAUCGCCCAGGAUGAACGAGUCGGAGGCGAUGGCGACAUGGAGACUGCGGUAGGAGUGAGGCAAUACGCGAGGAAGAGAAAGGCGCAGCGAGAGGCCGAGGCCCCGUGGCUGCCGCCGGUACACCCGCAGCAAGCCCGCGAGGUCAGCCAAGUCAUUGCCGCCGCAGCCUCGCUGUUUGAAUUGCUCGCGAUUCUUCCAACUGCCUGCGCUGAAAACGAGGCAACAGCGGAUUUUCUUUCCCGCGGCGCACGCGCCUCUCGCGCCUCUUCGCUCCCUUCAUCGUCGUGUGUCUCGGGCGGCGUGUCUGCAUCUCCCCGCCCGUCCCCCCAUUUAUCUCUUUCUUCUCUUUCUUCCUCUUCAUCUCCGUCUAUUUCCUACUCGGCGCCUUCUUCUCUCACUCCUGUUGACGGCCGUGAGUCGAGUAUGAGGCGGCAGGCCGACGAGGCGAAGCACUUUCUGCUGCGCUAUCCGUCUGUGGGACUUCCCUGGAGUGUGUGCGGCGCCUCUGCGGCGGACUCGGCGUCUGCGCUUUCUUCUUCCUCCGGUUCGCGCGCGUCGAGCCCAGGUCCUGCUUUCGCGACGUGGCUCGGCUCUCCACUCGACGGGGCGCCUCUUGCAGGCAGGUGUGCUGUUACAGACUCGUCGUCUCCUUCGCCUGUCUCUGCUGCAGCCGCGGUGGCCGCGUGGCUCCACGAUCUUGGCACGCCUGUCCUCCGCGUGGCACAGGCGUCUCUCUCGCCUUCCGCGUGCGUCUCGUGUUCAUCUCGCGCCGUCGCCGCGUCGUGCUCGGCGGCUGCCGCGUCCCCUUUCUCCCUCGCAGGCGCCUUCGGCGAGGACGAGGCGCUGCUUUUCUGUGCCUGCUUUUUCAGUCCCGAGGCCGCCGCGAGCUGCCUCGCAGAAAACGCGGAGGACUUUCGAGCGGAGCUGCAGACGGAAGGCCGUCUCCUCGAGAGACAAAGGUGUCUCCAGUCCGCGACAGGCCAGGGCGAGGCCCGCGCGGGGCGAGCUUCGUCGGAUGCAGAGAAAGGAGGAAAGGACGCGCUCGAUGCCAGUCUCGGCGUCAUUCUUGAGGCCGUCGACCGCGUCUGGUCCUGCGCCAACGGCCGCGGGUGGAUUCGCGUCUGUCUCUUGAUCGCCUCAUGGUGGCGAACUCCGUGGAGCUCCGUCGAUCGCGGGGUCAGAGGGCGGCGGUUCUCGACUGUCGCGACAUCGCUCGUCUUCUCUCAGGUUUUCGGCUCUCCCGCGCGUUCGCCUGCCUGUCUCGCGCCCUGCGCUCCGGCGUCGGCGUCGUCUGCGCCGCUGGCCGCCUCGCCGCCUCGCUCGCUCGCGCUCCAGGCUGCCGCGCGGCCUCCGCGCUUUGAGGCGGUUCUCGGUGCGGCGGCAAGGCCCGAGCUGCGCCAUCUGCAGCUCGCAGAAGCUGUGAAAACUUUGGUCUGCGCGCGACAGCGGGCGCCGCGGAGUUGCGAAGGCUCAGACGGGCGCGGAGACAGCGAAGGAGACGGCGACGCGUACGAGGACGGCGACGACGAAUGUGCGCCCUUCUGGGAAGCGGUCGAGCCCCUCGCAGAGGCUUCCGCGAAGCCGACCGUAGACGUCGAGGCGGAGGAUAGUGGUGGGUCGCAGAGCAAGCCCGGAGGCAGAGAACGCGCAGAAGAAAGCGGAGUGUCGCGCGGGAACUCGGCGCGUGAUGCUGCGUCGGCGCGCGCGCGGACGCUUCCUGAGGGCGCGGGUCGCGGGGCUGCCGCACGUCCUGCAAGGGGGGUGGAGCUGACGCUCGAAUCUGAGAUGGAGGUGCUGGCGGCUGCAUGCGUGGCGGCGUUUCCCGAGGUGCUUCCGUGGAACGUCUUUGCCUGGCUACUCAGCGGGGCUGUGGCGCUUCAGAGGCAAGUCGAGCGGGACGUUGAACGUGCUCUCCGCUGGCGGGGCGUGCCCAGGGGACGCCCUGCGAGCGGCGCGGCGCGCCGCGAGAGCGAAUUCCUUCUCCGCGCCUCCGACGGAGUCUGGAUCUGCGUCUCGCUCGACUUCGCAUUCGCGCGACCUCCGACGAUUGCGUCUCCUCGCGGGCGCGGUGUGAGCAGGGACGGAGGCGCCGCCCCCGGCGAUCAGCCGAUGCCGCCAGCAGCCGGAGAGGACGCCUCAUCAUACGCGAGUGCGCGGAGAAGGCGAGUGCCGAAGCGGCCUGCGUUCACGGCGACAACGGCUCAGCCCUGUCCUUCUGUCUGGCGAGAGGAAGCUGACUCCUCCCUGCGUGCUGUCGUGUUCGUUCCUCUCGCGGCGCUCCAGUUUUUCCGCCGCUACCUCAGUUUCCUCCGCUGCUCGGCGGGCCUCGCCGCCCUCGGCUGGCCAGGUCUCCGAAGUCUCCUCGCCCUGCAGGCGCGACUCCACUCGCUGAUUCUCGUCUCCCACGCAGCGCGGCGCGUCGCCCUGCCCAGCCACCAGGCGCUGCCUGCUGCUGCUUCCUGCGCAGCCGCCGACGAGCCUGAGGAGGUCGAGGCGACCCCCGCGCGCGCCUGGGGCUUGGCUGCCGUCGCCGCCGAAUCGCCGCCUGCUGCAGAGGCGCUGUCUGCCUGCGUGCCUCCCUCCUCUGUCUGCGCGCCGCUCGAUGUGCCCUCGCCCACGGUCGCCGCCGGAUUGGACGGCGAAGCGUCCGGCAGCGUGGGCGCCUUCGUGGACCGGUUGGUGCAGGACACUGCGCUCGCCAGUCUCGCUGAGAGACGCGACGCUGCGGAAGUCUGUCGCGCUGCUGCCGCCGAGCCGCGCUGUCUCCUCCUCGCCCUCCUGCGCGCGGCGCUCCAGGUCGGCUCGGCUGCCCACGUCUGUCGGCUGCUGACUGCGGUCCUGCCGAAUCUUCUCUCUUCGCUCCGCGCGCAGGCCGGAGGCGAGGCCACUCCUCCCGAAGGAACGCAAGCAGCACUCCUUUCGGCCGAGAAAUCGCAGUUUAACAUCCCCCCCAGCAGCCUCCUUCAUGAGGCCCCGACGAAACGGCGAGGCGACCGCGAAUCGGAGUCGAAGCGAGAGGAAGAAGAAGAAAACAUCCUCGUGAGUAACGGCUGCCAGAUGCGAAGAGAAGGCGCGGCAGAGAUGGAGGCUCUCCUCCUGCGCUGUGCCGCUUUCCUCGCCGAGGCCCUCGCGCAAACCAACAGUGCGUGGGCGAUGCAGAAGCGCGGAAACGGAGACAUCUCAAGAGGCGGAAAGCGUCUUCUACAUCACGAAAACGUGGCGCGAAGGGUAGACAAACGCGCGCGCGACACAGCACAGACGGUGAGAGGGAUCCGAGAAGGAGGAAGCGCUCAAAUCGAAGAGGAAGAAGGGGACGUCAUGCAUUCAGACUCUAAACAGGGCGAGGACGCGAGCGUGCCGAGACCCGAAAAAGGGUUCACGGGGCCUUCUCGCGUGGCGGCGAAGAAGCUUUCUCUCGAAGAAGUCACGGAGUGCUUCGCGCUCCUUCUUGCGUGCCUGCGGCUGCUGGACGCGCGCCGGCCGGCGAGCGGAGAGGCACCGGCUGUCGAGGCAAACGGGGAGGAAACGGCGAACAAAGACGCAUGUGAGGCGGACGGGGCAGGGGCGGAGGAUGCUGGAGAGAGUGGCCGCGGCAGUCGAGAGAAAGGCGACAGCCUCAGAGGCACGGAGUGGCAGACGUCACGAAACGAGGAUCUCGUUUUCUUCUUCCUCGCCUCUGCAGCGUGCAAUCCCUCGCUUUGUGCGUACGCGGCGUUGAAUCGCGUCUCGGCGAAGGGCCUGCAGCCAGCGAAGGCGACUCGAGACGUCGCGGAGGCGGAGAGCGAAAGCGAACCGCGUCUGCUCAGCCCGAAACCCGCCGGGAGCAGAGUAGAGUCCGAAGUGGCUCCAAGGGAGACUGCAGAACAGGAGACCAGCACGAGGCGACCGGCGGAGCCGAAGGCAGUCGGGGCCCGUUACGCGCCUCUGUUCAGCGAUGACGAAGGAGACACUCCAGAGAGACAGGUGUGUGAGGCACGCCCCCGCCCUUCCGCUGCACGGAGGGUGGCGACAGGCGCGCGAGAGGAGGGCGAGCAGCGCGAGUCAGCUGCCGGCCGCCCCAACGCGGGUCGCCGCCUCACUCGCCCGUCUCCUUCUUCAGUCUCUCCUUCUAGCUCGCCAGCGUCUUCGUCCUCCCCUGCUCUCUCGUCGGCGCUCUGCCUCGCGGAUUCUGCGGCAGAUAGCCUCUCGCCCUCGCUGUUUUCGCCGCCUGCUUCGGCCGCUGCACGCGCGGCCCCCGUAGCGUCUCCUGGGAGACUGCGGCGGCUGUUUGCAGACGACGACGAGGAGGAAUUGGAGGAGGAGGAAGGAGCGGAAGCGUCGAUUCCGGCGGAGAGGAGAGGCGAGACCGCGAGCGCCGGGCAGUCGUCUCCCUCGCUGUUGUCUGAGCCACGCGACGCGCUGGGCGCUGCCGACGCGGCGGGCGCGGGCGACGCCGAGGCCGCAUCUGAGGGUGUCCCACAGUCUUUCUUGGAGGUUUUCCUUGCUUCUCCCUCCGCGGAUCCUCUGCGGUCUCUUCUCGAGGAGGCGCUCGCCAGCUCAGUCCAGCGCAAGCGCGAGGGCGCGCGGCAGGACUUCUCCACGGACGACACCGACGCAGAUGAAGCGGCGCAGGACACCGGAAGAUCGCGGAGGAAGGCCCUUGAAAAGACGGAGGAGAAGGAGAACGCGGAAAGUUCUGAAACAAGCGAGGGGAAGGGAGGAGAAAGAUGUGGAGAAGACGAAGAAAAAGCAGAAGAACGAGGAAGGGGGCAGGACGGUGACCUUCUCGGACCCUUGCCCGGGGCUGGAGGGACGCGAGGAAACGUUGAUGGAGUCGGCGAUGAAGGCGGGAGACAGAAAAAAGAGUGUGUGCAAGGUAGCUCUGAUGUCGUUUCGCCGUGGCCGCUGGGGCCGCCGUCGCCGUCGCGGCACGCAGUGAUGGCGACGCUUCUCGCGCUCCUUGAGGAACGCCGCUUUUCCGCGGAUCUCGCAACGCAUCCGCCGACUCUGCGGGGCUCCAGUACGUCUUCUCUACGAGGCGCGAGACCCGCACCCGCCACGCGGCCGCGGGCGAAGCAGAGACAGGGCGACAGCCACGCAGGACACGAAGACCCGCUCGCUCGAGAGAGAGACAGUCCACGGACGACGUGCUCGACGUCAGCGGCGGCGCGCCUCUGGCAGGUCGUCGCUGUGCCUGUCUGCAUUCACGCUGUUUUUGUUGCUCGCGCGCGUGCGUUGCUGGCCGCCGCGGCGAGGAGAAGGAAAGACGCAAUGGAGGUCACCGCCUCGACGGAAAGCGAGGCGGUCGCGGCUUCAGAACGCCCCCAGCUCAAGGCUGCGUGCGAACGCGACGACAGUCUUGUAGGGCUGGUUGCCUGCCUGCGGGCCUGCGCGGAGGCUCCACCUGCUUCCUCCGCGGCCAGCGAUGCGUGGAGCGUCGCCCAGACGACGCUGGAAACAGGGCCGUCGGAGGCGGCACGCCUCACUCCACUUCACUGCAGAGCCUCAGCGCUUUCUUCUCUCGUCUGUGCAGUCCUUUCUGCGGACUCUCGAGCUCGCGCGGGUGUGACGCCGUCGAACUCUUGGGCGGCGGAUGCGUGGAGAUACCUCAGCGGCCUCGCGUUGGUUGCGCGAGGCGCCGAGCCGCAAUGGCUGCUGCCGCCCUCAGCGUCGCUGUCUCUCGCGCCCUUCGCUUCCGCCUCCGCAGCCUUUUCUGCCUCUGACGACCCGCGGGCGCCCACCUGUGUGGAGCGAGACACGCCGCACACGCUCUACGCUGCAGCCUCUGCGAGGCUUCGGCCGGCACAUGGAGGAGAGGAACGAGCGGAAGAAGGCGACGGGCAAGUGGCGGGAGCCGACUUCGAGGACUGGGGGCCUGCGGCGUCUCGCGGCAGAGAGGCGGACGGAGACAGUGGGUGGCGCGGUGUACGUACACCGGGUGCGGAGGUUGGAGGCUUCGCUGCGGAGGCAGCUGACUCGACGAGAAGGAGGCCUGCCUGGCGACCAGCUGUCUUUGACGCACCGUCUUCUUUCGGAGCCACGUCGUUCGCGUUUACGUGGGGUGCCGGUCUUCGCGUUUGUCCGCCUCGAGGACGCGCAUCAGGCUCCGGCGAGUUGGUGCGUGCGCCAGAGCACACCGGCCUCCUCCCGAAGGGGUGGAGGUCUGCAGAGGCCGAAGGCCAGUCGUUUGCGUUUGCUGCGUCGUCGUGCACGCGUGCGGGCGGCAGCGACCUCUCGCCAGAUGCACGAGGGCUUGACGGAAGCUCCGAGGGGCGCCCGUUCCAUGGCUUCGCCGCGGCCGCGGGGCCUGAACAGUCUUCCGCGCGGCGCGACGGCGCCACGCUGGAGCGCUCCGCCGUCGCAGCGCUCGCAGCACUCGAAGUGACUAUGCAGAAGAAAUGGAAGCGAUCGCUCGCGGCGAGGGCGUCAAGCGACAAGGAAGGGCGGGAAGCGACCCGCGAAAUCCGAGACGGGGGUCACGCAGACAGCAGAAACGAAGCCGAAGCCGCAGAAACGAGACAAGACGAGGCGUCCGCGAGCCGCCAGGCGCGGGGCCGGCGGGGGGCUGCAGAGGAGCGAACGCCUCGGGCUGUCGCGGAUGGAAGCCUGCAUCCCGAGAGCUGCAAUGCGGCAGGCGACGAAGCAGAAGAUGAUGGAAAGACGCCGACGCGAAGCGGACUCGAGAGGAUGACGCUGUGCUCCUCGCCGUCGUCGUUCGUCUGCAAGGAGACGCGCCAGCCUCCGAUUCGAUCGCCGUUUUCGCCUUCUCUGUUUCCUUCGUCGGGCUCGUCGCCGUCCUCUGUGGGCACAAGCAGCGCCAAGUCGAGCCCUUCCUCGCAGCUCGCGUCCCCAUCCUCGCCCUCGCCGCAGAGCGAGGAGGCCCGCGGAAGGCCGCUCGCCUCCUCGCCGGCCUCGACGAGUAGCCUGUAG